AAGACAUGGUAGGAGCCAGGAGGCACGCGCAGUUUGUAAUGUUAUCUCCAUCAUUUUAGCAUCCAUUUUGAUUUUAGAGCUUUUGGAAACUAAACAAAAAUGCUGAAAGUCUCAGGCAAUCUGGUUCCUGGGCUGGAGGGAGCUUUGGAAAAACGGCUGUUCAGAGGUGGAGUUCAUAAGCUCAACUCAUGUCACCAUACUCAAACCCCGUUGAUUCACUCAAGAUCAGCAGAUAUAACUGUGUCAUGGAAUUCAGUACAUACAAAACUGCCUCAAAAGUCAAGCAACAGCAGAAAUGCAUUGAAGGCCUAUGCAAUGAGGAGGAGAAGGGCACAUCGGAGAACCGAAACAUAUGUACUAUUCGAACCAGGACAGGAAGAGAGAUUUGUUUCCGAGGAAGAGCUAAAAGCAAAGUUGAAAGAUUGGCUGGAAAAAUGGCCCGGGAAGGCUCUUCCUCCAGACCUUGCCAGAUUUGAAAACAUGGAUGAUGCUGUUUCCUUCCUAGUAAGAUCUGUUUGUGAACUUGAAAUUGAUGGAGAUGUUGGUUCGAUCCAAUGGUACGAAGUUCGUUUGGAGUGAGGCCAGGAACAACACCCCCCC